AUGUUUAAUUCCCUGUUCGUCUGCUUGCUUUUGACAGUACCAUGUUCGGUAAUAUCAACGACAAAGUCGGUUUGCGUAGAAGUGCCCGACAUAGCUGAUAAAUGUGAAAACGAAGACGACACUUUAUGUGGAAACCUCUUCUCUUUACAGAGUGGCGAUCCCAAACUAAAGGAUGUUCCAGAGGACUGUAUCAAUCCGGAUUAUGAAAGUUUCGUCAACCUAUGCAGAAAAAGGUGUUUUGCAUGUUGCACAGAUGACGCACACAAAUGCAGCAAUAAACCAGGAUUUGACAAGAAAUGUGGGGAAUAUUUCAAACAAGGCAUAUGUACUAGUUCAAACCCAUUGUUCAAACAAAUAGCUUAUCAGGAGUGUCCAAGCACUUGCGGCUUAUGCGAAAAUACAACAGCUUGUGUUGACAAAGAUCGAGUAGUCUGCGAAACAUCGUACCGUUUAUGUUUUAAUUCGGCGUACAAAGGAAUAAUGAGUGAUUUAUGUCCUCAAACGUGUGGAACUUGCGGCCAAAAAGGCAAAUGUGCUAUAGUUGAUCAACCAGGUGAAGUAACAGUACCAACUACCGUAGAAGCAAAAUGCUUCGAUCGUGUCGGCAACUGUGCAUCGGUGAAAAGUAGGUGCAACAACUCGAAUUAUAAAGCCAGGAUGACUGAAAAGUGUGCAAAAACUUGCGGUUUCUGCAAGUGA